AUGGCAUCUGCUCAUUCUCUUUUUCAGAACCCAGCACCAGUUCCUGCUUCAAAACUCACGGGUCUCACAGCAUCUACUGUUGAUUUUUAUCCAGGUUUGUCAAUUUCUUCUUUUAAUAACAUGUUGAUGAUGAUGAUGAUGAUGGCAUCUGCUCAUUCUCUUUUUCAGAACCCAGCACCAGUUGCUGCUUCAAAACUCACGGGUCUCACAGGUCUCACCGCAUCUACUGUUGGAUUUUAUCCAGAUAUGGAUAGUGGUAAUGACACUGAAACUCAUAAUACUUCAUCAGAAUCAGUAGCUUCUGCAUCACUUCUUCCACUUCCACCAUCUAGUUUCGGGAAAAGAAAACCAUCUAGGAAACCAUCCAUGGUGUGGGAUCAUUAUGAGAAAAUAGAGAAUUCAGAUCCUAAUAAUCCUAGAUGUAAAUGCAAAUAUUGUGGCGUGGACUAUGCUUGUAAUAGUAAAUAUGGGACAAGUACUUUGUUGAAUCAUUUAAAUCAUCAUUGUAAGAAGUACCCUUAUAGAGUGCAAGAUAAAAAGCAAAAAAUCUUAACUUUUAGGCCCCAAAAUGAGAGUGAUGGGAGCAAUCUUUUUGCUGUUGGUUUUAAUAAGGAAGCAUGUAGGCUUGCAUGUGCUAAAAUGAUAAUCUUAGAUGAGCUCCCAUUUAGUUUUGUUGAAGGUCGUGGUUUUAGAAUAUUUUGCAGUGUAGCAUGUCCUAAAUUUGAUCCUCCGUCUCGAAGAACGAUUGUUAGAGAUAUUUAUGCAUUGUAUUUGGAUGGGAAAUUGCAAUUGAAAAAUACAUUUUCUUUGAAUUUCCAAAGAAUUAGUCUUACCACCGACACUUGGACUUCCAUUCAAAAUAUCAAUUACAUGUCUCUCACCGCACAUUAUAUUGAUUCUAAUUGGAUGCUUCACAAACGGAUUUUAAAUUUUUGUGUGAUUCCUAAUCAUAAAGGAAAGACAAUAGGGAAGCUAAUUGGGAAUUGUUUGUAUGAAUGGGGUAUUAAGAGGGUGUUUACAAUCACAGUUGAUAAUGCUUUUGCAAACAAUGUGGCAAUAGAGUAUAUUAAAAGGAAAUUGAAUAAUUGGAAAGGGUGUGUAUUGGACAGUGAUCACUUACACAUGAGAUGUUGUGCACAUAUUGUUAAUUUGAUUGUAUCUGAAGGGUUAAGGGAAGCACAUGACUCUAUUGCUAGUAUUCAUAAUGCAGUGAGAUAUGUUAGAUCUUCUCCUGCUAUAUUACAGAAGUUUAAGGAAUAUGCUGCUUAA